UUUAAAAUCCAAAAUAUUUAAUCAAAGCAGAUGCAAAAAAAUUGAGACGAGAACGCCAUUUGCAGUAUUAGCGAGUGCGCGUGAAUUUGCUAGAAGAGAGAGGCAAGCUGAACAGCACAUACAGACAUAGCAAGCGAGUUGGUAGGACGGUCGGUCGCAGAGCAGUUUUACGGGCGAAAAUUAAGAAAAUUAUAUACUUUUCGCAUAAAAAUAAUUACGACUCGAUCAAAAGUCAGUGCAGUGUUGUUAUCACGCUGCAUGCGCUGAUAAAAUGUGCGAGUGCAAGUUUGGCUAAAUGCAGCUAAUAAAAAUUUGGAUACCAAAAAAAGGCACACACUAAACAGCAAUAUGGAAACGCAAGAGUUUAACUAGACGUGGGCCGCAGCACAACAAAACAAAAGCAAUAAAACGCUUGCAAAAAUUUUGUACAUGGCAAGAGCGCUAAUUUAGGCAGAAGUUAGUCAGGGUAGCAGAAGCAGCAGCAGCUUAGCAGCUCAAAAGCAGCGGCGAGCGCGCUGCCAACAGGAAGUGAAGAAGGACAGACUGACUGGGCAGGAGCAACACGACGAGAAAAAUUAUUAAACAAUAGAAAGAAAGCAAACCCCAAUCAACAAAUAGAGAGAGGAAAAGAGAACAGCUAUAAUAUUUACGCUGGCGUCGGCAAACAAGUUACUACUACUUCCACAAUUACUACUAAAAUAUUGCAAUUGGUGUGUGCUAGUGUCGUCGAUUAGCAAAAACAUUAACGACAACAACAGCAACAUUUGUCGUUGUCGUUGGGCGGCACAGUAGCAUUUAGUCAACAACAUACAACAACAAUACAACAAAAACACCAAGCAUGUAUCCCACACCGGUGCGUCACCCAGCCGCUGGGGGACCACCACCUCAGGGCCCAAUCAAAUUUACCAUUGCCGAUACAUUGGAGCGCAUUAAGGAGGAGUUCAAUUUUCUACAGGCACAAAAUCACAGCAUUAAACUGGAGUGCGAGAAGCUAGCGAAUGAGAAAACCGAAAUGCAGCGCCAUUAUGUUAUGUACUAUGAAAUGUCCUAUGGCCUUAAUGUGGAAAUGCACAAGCAAACGGAAAUCGCCAAGCGUCUGAACACAUUGAUCAAUCAGCUACUUCCAUUCCUACAGGCCGAUCAUCAGCAACAGGUACUGCAGGCCGUGGAACGCGCGAAGCAAGUAACAAUGCAGGAACUGAAUCUGAUAAUUGGGCAGCACCAGCAGCAACAUGGAAUACAACAACUUUUACAACAAAUACACGCUCAGCAGGUACCAGGCGGUCCACCUCAGCCAAUUGGCGCCCUGAAUCCGUUUGGGGCCUUAGGCGCCACCAUGGGCCUGCCACAUGGCCCACAGGGUUUGCUCAAAGCGCCGCCAGAUCACCAUAGACCAGACAUAAAACCCACGGGCCUGGAGGGACCAGCGGGCGCCGAGGAGCGCUUGCGUAAUUCGGUUUCACCAGCGGAUCGUGAGAAAUAUCGCACACGCUCGCCACUGGACAUUGAGACCGACACGAAACGUCGGAAGGACGAGAAAUUACAAGAGGAUGAAGGCGAGAAAAGCGAUCAAGAUUUAGUCGUAGAUGUUGCAAAUGAAAUGGAAUCCCACUCUCCACGUCCCAAUGGCGAGCAUGUGUCCAUGGAGGUGCGGGACCGGGAAAGUUUAAAUGGUGAACGCUUAGAUAAACCUGGCAGUAGUGGAAUCAAACAGGAGCGUCCGCCCUCUCGCUCAGGCUCAAGCUCGUCGCGUUCCACACCCAGCCUCAAGACAAAAGAUAUGGAAAAGCCAGGCACACCGGGUGCUAAGGCACGCACACCGACACCAAAUGCUGCCACACCAGCUCAGGCUGUUAAUCCUAAACAAAUGAUGCCACAGGGUGGUCCACCGCCAGGCGGCUAUCCUCCAUCGCCCUAUCAACGGCCAGCGGAUCACUACCAGCGUCCACCAUCGGAUCCUGCCUAUGGCAGACCGCCACCAAUGCCGUACGAUCCUCAUGGGCAUGUGCGAACAAAUGGCAUUCCACAUCCUUCGGCACUAACGGGUGGAAAGCCUGCAUACUCUUUCCAUAUGAACGGUGAGGGCAGUUUGCAACCGGUGCCAUUCCCACCGGAUGCGCUAGUUGGCGUUGGAAUUCCGCGACACGCGCGACAAAUAAACACAUUAUCGCAUGGAGAGGUCGUCUGUGCUGUAACCAUUUCAAAUCCUACAAAAUAUGUUUACACGGGGGGCAAGGGAUGCGUCAAAGUCUGGGACAUUUCACAGCCGGGAAAUAAAAAUCCCGUUAGUCAGCUAGAUUGCCUGCAACGUGACAAUUAUAUAAGAUCGGUGAAACUGCUGCCCGAUGGACGCACGCUGAUUGUGGGAGGCGAGGCAUCGAACUUGUCUAUAUGGGAUUUGGCCAGCCCCACGCCACGCAUUAAGGCCGAGUUGACCUCAGCGGCGCCUGCUUGCUAUGCGCUUGCCAUUAGUCCUGAUUCGAAAGUGUGCUUCUCAUGCUGCAGCGAUGGCAACAUUGCCGUCUGGGAUCUGCACAACGAGAUACUGGUGCGUCAGUUCCAAGGACAUACCGAUGGUGCUUCAUGCAUUGACAUUAGUCCGGAUGGUUCGCGCCUAUGGACCGGUGGUCUAGAUAAUACGGUGCGCUCAUGGGAUUUGCGCGAAGGUCGUCAGCUGCAACAGCACGAUUUCAGCUCUCAAAUAUUCUCGCUAGGCUACUGUCCAACAGGUGAUUGGCUGGCCGUGGGCAUGGAGAAUUCACACGUUGAAGUAUUGCAUGCAUCGAAACCGGACAAGUAUCAGCUGCAUUUGCACGAGAGCUGCGUGCUGUCGCUGCGCUUUGCUACAUGUGGCAAGUGGUUUGUUUCCACGGGCAAGGACAACCUGCUUAACGCAUGGCGAACACCCUACGGUGCAAGUAUAUUCCAGUCGAAAGAAACAUCAUCCGUACUUAGCUGCGACAUAUCAACUGACGACAAAUACAUUGUGACGGGAUCGGGCGAUAAGAAGGCUACUGUCUACGAAGUUAUUUAUUAAAAAUCGUUUUUUUUCAUUUUGUAAGAAGCGCAUAUAGUUUUUAUUACAAGAAACCAACCAACCAACCAAUCAAGCUAAAGUGAAAACACAAUAUGGCAGGCAUAAAGUUCAACAAAAAUCAACAGAAGCAGCAGCAAACGAAAGCGAAUUGCUACAUAAAGAUAGAUACAACAAAAAAUCUAUAAAAUAUAAAAAGUAAAAAUUAAGCAUACUUGUAGCUACUAAGCUUAAGCUAAGUCCAAUAAAAGUUGCAACACAAAAAUGUAUGUGGAAUGAAUGGCGGCAGCAGCAGCAGCAGCCACAACCGCCACAAAACAACAAGUCGGCGUUACCUACGUUCAUCAAAGUGCAAAGUCGGACGGUACGAAGACGUUGCACAGAUUUAGUCAUUGCAGGAGCGUUGAGAUUAUGAUUAUCGAUGAUAUGAAUAGUGCGAGCGUUUUUUAGAUUUUUUGCUUUUAAUUUGUGUAUAAGAAACCGAAAAAAAUCGAACGUUUUUUGUAAUUUAGCGGAUGAAGUUUAGACAGACAGAGUGUGGCAGCAAGCGUAAACAACUUUAAGUUUUAAGUCGUAAAACAUUGUUUAAAGUAAAACUACCUACCCCACGAACACCCCUAAACACACAUACACCCACACACCUCCACACGUGCAUACAUACAAACAAACACACAAACAUUUGCAUAAAGAAAAGUAUAAAUAUAUAAAUAUAAAUGAAUAUAAUUAGUAAGCAUUUUAGUUAAGAAUUUUACAUUAUAAAUUUAAAAAACAGAAAAAAAAUGAAAUUAAGCAGGCGCCGUCACACAAACACACGCUGAACACACUCAACUCACAUAAAUUACAGUUAACAAAUGUUAACGAACGACAUCAACCUAUUAACAAAUUUUGCUUGGUGUAUAUGUAAUUUGAAAUGUACGAACAUUUUGUCAUGUCUUUUCCAAAACGAAUCAACAAAAAAAGUCCAAAAUCCUAUGUUUUGUGUAACGGUUGCGGCAGCAACAACAAAGGCAAAUCGUGCGCGUUUUCAGCAAACUUGUUUAGAUGUUAGUAUAUAUAGUAAUGAAACGAUGUAUAUAUAUAUAUGUAUACACAUAUAUAUAGAGCGAGUUUCGCUAAACGCACGUCGUCAUUAAGCUGAUGCAAAAUUGUAAUAAGCAAGAAGAGUAUAGAGUGCAGCACACGCUUCGAUUUUUAAUUUUACAAAUAUUAUUGUGGUUAUAUAAUGUAUAUAAAUUUAUUAUAAAUAAUUGAAGCAAACGAAAGAAAAAAUAAAAAACUAUAUGUAA